AAAACAUCAUGCUAUAUAAGCGUUGCCAUAAACAACCGAGGGUAUAUAAGUACAAUAUGUUUGAAACUAUGGGACAUCUAAGUGCAAUUUAUAAGCCUAUCUUUGGCUUUUCGUCUCGAAAAUUUAGCUUGCUCCCUCUGACCGAGUAUUAAAUUCUACAUUCACAACGGAGUCAAUGGGCUCCUCCUCAAACGUAGCUCAUCACUCGCCACGUUUACAAAGCCCCUCUAAGAUUUUUUAACUGCUCGAUUUUCUACCGUCUCUCCCACUCUCAGAAAUGAAAGGACUAUUCAAUUAUUUUGGAGUUUUGCAGAUAUAAUUUCCCAUUCUAAGUUUCAGGGUGGAGACAGAGCCGUCGUAUGCAGAGAACUUCAAUCCAGAUAAUUAGGUAGUUUGCUAGGCAGCAAAGAAGCCAUGGAAUCCACAUAUGAGAAGCACCAAAACAAUGAGGAAGACCAAAAGAUCAAUAGAAGUCUCAAGAAUCUCCUCAUUAUCAUUAACUGCACUCUCAUGAUCCUGGGCAAUUCUGGCGGACCUUUAAUCUCCCGCCUCUACUUUCGUCAUGGAGGUCACCGCCAAUGGCUUUCAAGCUUCCUUGAAACCACUGGCUUCCCUAUUAUCAUCCUCCCACUCUCUUUCUCCUACUUUCACCGUCGUCGUCGUGAUCCAAACACGAAACUGAUAUUCAUCACCCUUCCAAUUUUCUUUGCUUCUGCUUUCCUUGGUCUUAUGACCGGUCUUGAUGAUUUUCUUUAUGCCUAUGGCCUUUCUUUCCUUCCUGUAUCAACCUCAGCCUUGUUAAUCUCAACUCAGCUAGCAUUCACUGCUUUCUUUGCUUUUCUUGUUGUAAAACAAAGGUUUACACCAUUUUCAUUGAAUUCUGUAGCAUUGUUGACAGUCGGGGCAGUGAUAAUAGGGUUACAUGCCAGUUCGGAUCGGCCAGAGGGAGUAUCGAAGAGAGAAUACUUUGUGGGAUUUUUCUUGACAUUAGGGGCAGCUGCAUUAUAUGGAUUAGUACUGCCACUUGUGGAACUUACUUAUCGUAAAGCAAAGCAAGCAAUUACGUAUACGUUGGUGAUGGAGAUGCAGUUUGUGAUGGGGUUCUUUGCUACUGCUUUUUGUGCAGUGGGGAUGAUUGUGAAUAAGGAUUUUCAGGCAAUCCCUAGAGAAGCCAGCCAUUAUGACAUAGGGGAGACCAACUACUACACGGUCCUCUUUUUCUCAGCAAUCUUCUGGCAAUUCUUCUUCCUCGGCACUGUUGGCGUAAUUUUCUGCACCAAUACACUUCUGGCUGGAGUCAUCAUCGCGGUGUUUAUCCCAGUGACCGAGACGUUGGGUGUCAUAAUCUUUCAUGAAAAGUUCAGUAGCGAAAAGGGGGUAGCGGUCGUCCUCUCGCUUUGGGGACUGGCUUCCUACUCCUAUGGUGAGUACCUGGAAGCCAAAAAGAAGAAGGAGGAGGAGGAUGUGAGGCCCGCUGAGCAGUCUGUUUGAUUGUUGUUUUGUUAAGGGAAUGGGCUUUGGUUGACGCCAUUUGUGCGGAUAAGUUUAUAGUGUAAAAUGGACUUGUGGGCUUCCCCUUUGUUAAAUAUAGGAGGCAGUUGUAUCGGUUGAUAAUGAUAAAAGGUUUGAAAAAUCUUGUGCUCUACUCCAAUUUGUCGAAGGGAGCCCAUCGUUGUACCAAAAUUCGAAGUUUGUGGCGUCGGUGACGAUGGAAAUCUGGCUGGCAAAAUUUGAAACUGGAUUUCUCCA